AUUGUAAAGAAUCCUCCUGUAGGGAAACGUUUGAGACAGAGAGAUGGAACAGGCAUUGCUGCCCAAGAGGACCGAAGAGAGGACAUGGGCUCCUACUACCUUCGUGGAAGAACUAAAGAAGGUGAGUUACAUGGCAGCUCCCAUGGUGGUGGUGACGGUGUUGUCUCACUAAUGAUGGCCGGGCACCUUGGUGAAUUGUCACUGGCUGGGGUCUCAAUUGGUGGAUCUUUUGCUGGGGUCACUGGCUUCAGUCUCCUAUUUGGAUUGGCAGGAGGCUUAGAAACACUAUGUGGACAAGCUUAUGGAGCAGAGCAAUACCAGAAGUUUGGAACCUACACAUACUGUGCAAUUAUAUCUCUACUUCCAAUAUGUCUCCCUGUAUCUAUUCUUUGGAUAUUCAUGGACAGGAUAUUGGUAGCAUUAGGCCAAGACCCUGAAAUUUCAAUGGUAGCCUGCCAAUAUGCUACUUGUCUCAUACCUGCAUUAUUUGCCUAUGCUGUUCUUCAGUCGCUACUACGUUACUUUCAGUCUCAGAGCUUGGUUCUACCGAUGCUUUUAAGCACUUGUGUGACUUUAUGCUUCCACAUACCCCUUUGCUGGGCUCUAAUAUUUAAAUGGAAACUAGGAAGCACAGGAGCAGCAUUAGCCAUUGAUGUGUCUUAUUGGUUAAAUGUGAUAUUCCUUGCACUUUAUAUGGGCUUCUCUUCAUCAUGUGCAAAAACCCGUGUCAUCUACUGGAAUGAUAUUUUCUACAGCAUUAAGGAGUUCUUUCGCUUUGCUCUUCCUUCUGCUGUGAUGGUUUGUCUUGAAUGGUGGACCUUUGAACUACUUGUAUUGCUGGCUGGGCUUUUGCCAGAUUCACAGCUUGAAACAUCUGUUCUUUCUAUCUGCCUCACGACAACAUCACUGCACUUCUAUGUACAAUGUGGGAUUGCAGCUGCUGGAAGUGCUCAGGUCUCAAAUCAGUUAGGAGCUGGAAACCAUGAGGCAGCUAAAAUGAUCGUCCGUGUGGUACUGUACAUUUCACUCAUAGAGGCCAUUAUUGUGGGCACAAUUCUUUUCUGCUGCCGCUAUGUUUUCGGAUACGCUUUUAGCAAUGAAAAGGGGGUUGUGGACUACGUAUCUGAAGUGGCUCCCCUGCUUUGUCUCUCAGUUAUUAUGGAUAGCUUACAAACAGUACUUUCUGGGGUUGCCAGAGGAUGUGGGUGGCAGCACAUAGGGGCCUAUAUUAACCUUGGGGCGUAUUAUCUUGUUGGAAUUCCAGUAGCUGUUCUACUGUGCUUCGUUCUCCAUCUUAGAGGGAAAGGCCUUUGGAUUGGGAUAUUAACUGGGAGUAUUGUGCAAGCAGCAUUACUUGCUCUCAUAACUGGUUUCACAAAUUGGAAAAAACAGGCAACCAAGGCAAGGGAGAGGAUCUUUGAAGGGACAUUUUCGGCUGAUAAUGGACUACCUUGA